AUGAGGUUGACGGCAGACCUGAUCAACAACUCCCUUUCCUACCUCAAUCCGCUCAAGGAGCGAGAGAUAGAUCUCCGAGGACACAGAAUACCUGCUAUUGAGAACUUGGGCGUUGCUGGACCCCACGAUGCCAUUGACUUUACCGACAACGAUAUCCAAGUGCUGGGCAACUUCCCGCUCUCCCCCCGCAUACGCACCCUCCUGCUCGCCCGCAACAGGAUCGCCCAGAUCCAGUCGACCCUACCGAAUGCGAUCCCGAACCUGAAGAACCUCGUCCUGGCGUCCAAUAACAUUGGCGAGCUGGCGGAUUUGGAGGUGUUGGGAAGGUUUCCUAGGCUCACGCACUUGGUUUUGAUGGAUAACCCCGUUACCAAGAAGGAGAACUACCGCUACUGGGUCCUCUGGCUGUGCCCCCAGGUUCGCUUCCUCGAUUACGUCAAGGUCAAGGACGCCGAGAGGCAAAAGGCGAAGGAGUUGUUCGGAACCGCUGAUGAGCCGACGGAGUUGGCCAACACGAUAAAGGGAAUCAAGACCAAGACCUUUGACGUCGGCGCCGGCUCCGCCAACGGUGCGGCCGGAAGUGGCCCCUCCUCGAAACUCUCGCGUCUCAAGCUCACGGAGAAGGAGAAGAAGAAGCUGCAGGAUCUGAUCAAGAAGGCCGACAGCUUGGAGGAGAUCAUCAGGCUGGAGAAGGCCCUCAACGAGGGACGACUGCCGCCUGGUAUUAUCGCCGAGGAUGACGAUGCCAUGGAGGAGUAA